AGCAUGUUUGGUUUUAGAAAGUUAAGUCCCCUAAUAAUAAUAACUUAAAACACAAAUACGUAAGCCCAUUACUUUAGGCCCAAUACUAACAUCAUGCUCCUUUUUUUGUUGGGUGGAUCUUCUUCCCAUAGCCAUCAGCUUCUUUUACUUUCUUCGUUUCUUUGCAAAAGACCAGCGAUAAUUAUGAACAAAGGCGGUGGAUCCGGUGGCGGAUCCGGUGGAGGAAGCGGUCCAACGGCCGCCGCCGCCGCCGCGGCUUUACAGAAGCAAAAGGCGUUGUUACAGAGAGUGGAGACUGACAUCACAUCUGUCGUCGAUAACUUCACGCAGAUCGUCAAUGUUUCAAGGGUGAGUGAUCCGCCGGUGAAGAACUCGCAGGAGACAUACAUGAUGGAGAUGCGAGCUUCUAGAAUGGUUCAAGCAGCUGAUUCUCUUUUGAAACUCGUAUCAGAACUUAAGCAAACAGCGAUAUUUUCAGGAUUUGCAUCACUAAACGAUCAUGUAGAACAAAGAAUAGAAGAGUUUGAUCAAGAGGCCGAGAAGACAAAUCGAUUGUUGGCUAGAAUUGCUGAUGAUGCAUCUGCCAAUCUUAAAGAGCUCGAGUCUCACUAUUACUCUUCUGCUCAGAGAUUGACUCUAGACAUCUGAUAUUAGAAUGCCUGGAGACACCAGAGGAAACAGAUAAAACAAUUGGUUCAUAAACCAGAGGAAACGGCCAUCGAAGGAUAUGCAGUUUGAAGUCAUGGACAACGUUUUGGACUAUCCUUUCCCACAUUGAUCAUAUUUCCUCUCUCAAUUCGCAUAUUACUUAGCAAUCUUAAAUGUUCCAGUCUGAUGAACAAGCGUUUGAUGUUUUCAUCAAUCAUUAGUGAUUUUUUUGCUGUUAUCCUCUUGUAUGUUUUGAUAAUUACGUGAAAUUACAUUCUCUUAACCUGCAAAGUGUAUAUCGUCCAAGUAAAACCUUCUUGAUUUAAUUCGCG